CGUCUCCGGCCGUCUCGAGGUUCUGCGCCUGCGCGCGGCGCCCAGGGGUACUUGGUCGGGCCGAGAAAUGGCGGCCUCCGUGUUCUACAGCCGGCUCUUGGCUGCUGCCACGCUGAGGAGCCACCGACCCCGGACGGCUCUGCCGGCCGCCCAGGUCCUGGGAAGCUCCGGAUUAUUUAACAACCAUGGAGUCCAAAUACAGCAUCAACAGCAAAGGAAUCUCUCUCUGCAUGAAUACCUGAGUAUGGAAUUGUUGCAGGAAGCUGGCGUCUCCAUUCCCAAAGGACACGUGGCUAAGUCACCAGAUGAAGCUUAUGCAAUCGCCAAAAAAUUAGGUUCAAAAGAUGUUGUGAUAAAGGCGCAAGUUUUGGCUGGUGGCAGAGGAAAAGGAACAUUUGAAAGUGGCCUCAAAGGAGGAGUGAAGAUAGUUUUCUCUCCAGAAGAAGCAAAAGCUGUUUCCUCACAAAUGAUUGGGAAAAAGUUGUUUACCAAGCAAACAGGAGAAAAGGGCAGGAUAUGCAAUCAAGUAUUGGUUUGUGAACGAAGAUAUCCCAGGAGAGAAUACUACUUUGCAAUUACAAUGGAAAGGUCAUUUCAAGGUCCUGUAUUAAUAGGAAGUUCUCACGGUGGUGUCAAUAUUGAAGACGUUGCUGCUGAGACUCCCGAGGCCAUAGUUAAAGAGCCUAUUGAUAUUGUAGAAGGCAUCAAAAAGGAACAAGCUGUCCGGCUUGCACAGAAGAUGGGAUUUCCAGCCAGUAUUGUGGAUUCUGCAGCAGAAAACAUGAUCAAACUUUAUGACCUUUUUCUGAAAUAUGAUGCAACCAUGGUAGAAAUAAAUCCAAUGGUAGAGGAUUCAGAUGGAGCUGUGCUGUGUAUGGAUGCAAAGAUCAAUUUUGAUUCUAAUUCAGCUUAUCGUCAGAAGAAAAUCUUUGAUCUGCAGGACUGGACCCAGGAAGAUGAAAGGGACAAAGAUGCAGCUAAGGCAGAUCUCAACUACAUUGGCCUUGAUGGAAAUAUAGGCUGUCUAGUGAAUGGUGCUGGUUUGGCUAUGGCUACAAUGGAUAUAAUAAAACUUCAUGGAGGGACUCCAGCCAACUUUCUUGAUGUUGGUGGUGGUGCCACAGUCCAUCAAGUAACAGAAGCGUUUAAACUUAUCACUUCAGAUAAAAAGGUACUGUCUAUUUUGGUCAACAUUUUUGGAGGAAUCAUGCGGUGUGAUGUUAUUGCACAGGGUAUAGUCAUGGCAGUGAAGGAUUUGGAAAUUAAAAUACCUAUUGUGGUACGGUUACAAGGUACACGAGUCGAUGAUGCUAAGGCACUGAUAGCAGACAGUGGACUUAAAAUUCUUGCUUGUGAUGACUUGGACGAAGCUGCUAAAAUGGAGUGGGCUUCCCAUGUGGCACUAGUGGUAAAGAACCCGCCUGUCAGCACAGGAGAGGUAAGAGAUCCCUGGGUUGGGAAGAUCCCCUGGAAGAGGGCACAGCAGCCCACUCCAGUAUUCUUGCUUGCAGAAUCCCACAGAGGGGGGAGCCUGGCGGGGUGCAGUCCAUAGGGUCGCAAAGCGUUGGACAUGACAGAAGCAACCUAGCAUGGAUGCAUGCCAGCGUGGCAAAUGCUUCUGAGACUGUGACAUGGUUUAUAACAAUGUCAGAAUAGCCCAGAUGUUUUAAAUGAAAAGGAUUGAAGAUGCAGUUAAUUUCGCAUUGACCAAUUGUCCUGAUUCUGUGUUUUUGUGAAAAUAGAGACAAAGAUUGUUUUCUUUUCCUUUCAGGUUGUGAAGCUCUCUGAGAUAGUGACCUUAGCCAAGCAAGCCCAGGUGGAUGUGAAAUUUCAGUUGCCAAUCUGAUCUGAGAAUCCAGUGGUUGACUGAGGAUGUUAAAUGUGUUAUAAUUGUUAAAAAUACUGUGUUCUGUAUUACUAUUGUUCCUUUUCUCUUCAGCGUGUGAAGCUUUGUAAUUACCACCUAGGCAUAAAAACUAAAAGCGUUUGGUCUGCGUUUAUUUCUGUUCUAAAGGGGCUGUUUGUAUAAAGAAUGUGUAAGGCAGUUAUCUAGUUUGUUCUGUUGCAGCUUUUCUUUUUCACUUUUACAGAAUAUGCCAGUUUAUUAUUGCAGUAUGCCAGUUUAUUAUUGUUGGGUACAACAUUCUUCAUUGAUAAGAGUCUUAUGAAUAAAAUAAAUAUGAAGAUAAAGCUUUAUUCUUUAGUGUUAGAAAUGUAUUAUAUCUAAUAAACUAGUUUCAUCAGUAGAGCAAUGUAUUAAAACAAUGUUUUAUAUAAGAAGUGUUUAUCUUCAGCACCAAAUACUUAACUAAAUAUAUCAGUCACUAUUUAUAAGCAGAUCUUUCAAGCACUCCCCAGAAUAUUUUAAGUAUUUCGGUGAAGUAACUUGUGAAUUAUUUGAACAUUAUUUUAAUCAUUACAAUACUCUUGAUAACUUCUAGUCAUCAUGAUGAUCCUGUUAUUGAGAGCCUGUAAGUUUGUAUGAAAUAAGGGUAUGUUUACUAAGGACUUGGCAGACAAAAUUAACAAUGUCAAUUUAAAUUAAUAAAGAUCUCCCAAUGUGAUUUGGAUUAAUUUUUUUUUUCUUUUUUAAGUAAACACAGUAAAAAGUGAUGUGUUUAUCAUUGCGCUAAAUACCUCUGAGGAACUGAUUUGUAGAUUGUGUACUAGGCAUGAUAUUUGCAUAUAAUAAAGCGAUCUAAAGAUA